AUGACGAGUACGGGUACCAAGGUCGGUCAUUUUCUGGCCAGGAUACUCGGCAUCCAGCUGCAAGAACCGCAGAACUUGCUGAUAGAGGACUUCCACCGCGGCUCUACGCAGUUCGCCGUCGAUGAGAACACCUUCACCGAGGACGUCCCUACCACAGCAGAGUUCCUCGAGAGCUUGGUGCUUUCGCGCGACGAUGCCUUGGCUUACUUCAAGUCGCUGUUCCCCUGUAUCAACUGGUUGCCGGCUUAUAACUUGCACUGGCUUGCUGGCGAUGUUGUUUCUGGUGUGACUAUUGGUGCCAUUGUUGUUCCCCAGGGUAUGGCGUAUGCACUGCUGGCAAACCUCGACCCUCAAUAUGGGUUGUACUCUGCCUUCAUCGGCCCAGUCUUAUACUGGCUCUUUGCUACCUCAAAGGAUAUUACUAUUGGUCCCGUUGCCGUCAUGUCGACCCUCGUAGGCGGCAUCAUCAAUGAAGUUAAACUCACCCACCCAGACAUCCCCGCCCACGUCAUCGCCUCAGCCCUCUCCGUCGUCGCCGGUGCCAUCAUCACCUCCAUGGGCCUCCUCCGGUGCGGCUGGAUCGUCGACCUAAUCUCCGUCACUUCCUUGUCGGCUUUCAUGACCGGCUCCGCCAUCACCAUCGGCGUUGGCCAGAUCCCCUCCCUCCUGGGCAUCCUCUCCGUUAACAGCCGAGAAGCGCCGUAUCUCGUCUUCCUCAACACCUGGAAGCAUCUCGACGAGACGUCUCUCGACGCUGCUAUGGGGAUCAGCGCCCUUGUUACUCUUUACUUCAUUCGAUGGUUCUUUACGAAUUCGGCGAAGAAGAGCCCGAAGCAUCAGCGCUUGCUGUUUUUCUUGAAUACCCUGCGCAGCGUCUUUGUUAUUUUCCUGUAUACGAUGGUUAGUUGGCUUGUCAACAUGAAGAGGAGGAGUGAACCGGCGUUUAGGAUCCUCGGGGCGGUUCCUAGAGGCUUCCAAGUCAUUGGCGUCCCACAAAUAAGCCCCUCCCUUAUUAGCAGCUUCGCCAAGUUCCUCCCCGCCACCGUCAUCGUCCUCCUCGUCGAACACAUCGCCAUCUCCAAGUCCUUCGGCCGAAUCAACAACUACGUCAUCGACCCUUCCCAAGAAAUGGUCGCUAUCGGAGUCAGCAACGUACUCGGUCCUUUCGUCGGCGCCUACCCGGCCACGGGAUCCUUUAGCCGCACAGCUAUCAAGUCUAAAGCGGGUGUUCGCACUCCAGCCUCAGGCCUCGUCACCGGCGCCGUCGUUCUCCUAGCUACGUACACGCUUACGUCGCUCUUCUUCUACAUCCCUAACUCGUCCCUCGCCGCCGUCAUUAUUCACGCCGUAGCCGACCUCGUCACGUCUCCCAACACCGUCUACCAAUUCUGGAAAGUAUCCCCCAUCGAGGUGUUCAUCUUCUUUGUUGGCGUAAUCCUCAGCGUCUUUUCCACCAUCGCCAACGGCAUCUACGCCACCGUAUGCAUAUCGGCCGCUAUCCUACUCUUCCGCAUCCUCAAAGCCAAAGGCGCCUUCCUGGGCAAAGUCCGCGUCCACUCUGUCCUGGGCGACCACAUCAUCGGCGAAGACCACCGCAAGGUCGUCGGGUCCUACGGGACCUUUGGAGGCUCCUCCGACUACGCCGCCCGCAACGUAUUUUUGCCCAUUACGCACGACGACGGCACGAACCCACUUAUCGCCGUACAGAACCCUUACCCGGGCAUCUUCAUCUACCGCUUCACCGAGGGGUUCAACUACCCCAACGCCAGCAACACGCUCGAGCACUUCCUCGCUCACAUUUUCGCGCGCACGCGCCGCACCACGCCGAUGAGCUACGAUCGACCCGGUGAUAGACCGUGGAACGACCCCGGUCCGUCGCGUUCUUCGAAGAAGACAGCGCAGAGGAUGCGCGGUGGGGAGGAGGAGAUAUGGGAGUCGUUCUACGAGGAGGAAGAGGAUGGACUGCCUACGCUGAAGGCUGUCAUCUUGGACUUCAGCUCCGUCAACCACAUGGACAUCACUUCGGUGCAGAGGCUCAUCGAUGUUCGGAACCAGCUGGAUAGGUAUGCGGCGCCGGGGGUGGUGGACUGGCAUUUCGCGUGUAUUUCGAACAGAUGGACGAAGAGGGCUCUUGCGUCGGCUGGUUUUGGGUACUGGACCGAUGGCGCUACCGGAGAGUCAAGGCAGAGUCAGUGGCGGUCUAUAUUCAGCGUUGCCGAGAUAGGCGUCGAUGAUGAAGGAGACGAAGUCGAGGAUAACGAGAAGGAGUGGGCAACAACGAUCGGCGAUGGGCCGCAACAAAGGCCAAACGGACGCCAUCGUGGUGAUGGCAGGAGAGAUAGUGCCUCGGAUAGUAAGAAAGGGGACGGCGGCGACCUGAUUGAUAUUGAGGCUGGUGAAAGCUCGCCAGAGUUUAGGAUGGCAGCGGGUGAUGCUUCUUCAGGAGGCGCUGUUGGGCAGAGGCAGACACGGUCGAGGAUGAAGAGGAAGGGAGCUGUGAUUCAUGGCUUGAAUAGGCCUUUGUUUCACGUGGAUCUUACGAAUGCUUUGCAGAGUGCUAUUGCGAACGUGGAGGCGAGGUAUGAAGCCGAGCAUAGUUCGGGGGUGGUGAUGACAGGGCCCAGCGGAUUAUGA